AUGAAGUUCAUCACCAUCCUUUCUUCGGCCACGGUUGUCACUACCGUCAAUGCUGGCUGUUACACUGGGGGCGAGUCUUUCAAUGACAAAGCAUCGGCUUACGACUGGGCUAACAAGCUCUGCUAUGGGUACAAGUAUACCAAAGACGGCGUUGAGUAUACAGUAGGCCCCAAGCUGGCCGGAACAUUCGGAGCCGAAAGCACGGUUUCUGGCUCCAAGGCUAGCUGUGUCGAUAGCAAUAACCAGAAGCUGGAGUUUUUCAUCGACCAUAUACAAGACGGCUCCAGAGUUCUUGGAGGGGAUGAGUGUUACGAUGGCCUCCAGAAAGAGAUCAGCUGCGAGCAUGGCGGCCAAUCGGACUAUACCAACUGGAGCUAUAAAGUUGAUCCUAAUGCUGGAACAUGCUAG